CACAAGCGCUUCUCUCAAACAGAAACCGCCAUCUUUCCGGCCUUCCGGCCGGCGGCGCACCAAUGCUCCGGUCACGCCUUUGCUCCUCUUCCGCCCUCAUCUCUCGCCCCCUUCUCCUCCGCCCUAUUUUUCCGACUGUUAGGCGCCACGACGCUAGCCAGCACUCCAGGACCUCGUCGUCGUCUCGGACUCGAACACGAAGCAGCAGGGCAAGAGAAAAGGGCGAGGGCGGAAAAUAUCUCCGGUUCCUUGGAGAUGUCGGCGAUGUCCUGGGCGAUCCGGGCCUGCGCGGUCGAGUCUGGGGCGUCGACGACGAGCCUGGCUUCCGUGGAUGCGAUAAGCGUUGUGCCGGGGUGGCGGCAGGGGACCCGUGGAGGACGGGGCGCGCGUGCAGUGGGUGUUCGUCGGCUGCACCGGGGUGGGCAAGGCCACCGCUGGCCGCCUCUUGCGGCACCACGGCGUGCCCCCACAUCGCCACCGGAGCUCUCCUCCGAAGGCCCCCCUGUCCAAGCAGGAGUUAAGGUUGUAUUUCUGAGGGGAGCAUACGUAUUAUCUUGAUUGGGUUGACUUUUGGCUACUGUAUUAUUGUUACAACUUACCAGCGAAAUUGAAAGAGAGUCAUGUCUGAUAAGCUAUUCUGCUUCAGCUGUAUGCUUGUAGAGCAUUUGUUUUUUCCAUCCAAGUAUUACUAAACUCUACCAAGUUUUAUAGUUACACAACAUUAACCUCUUAUUGGACUUGGCUGCCAUAAGAAGGAAGGAUCUUCGACCGGAAUCUACCCCAGGCAGGACCUCAACAUCGACCUGCAGGUCCGGCCUCUCUCACUCUUUCGACUCCUUUCUUUUCGCGACCUCAAGAAGCUGCACCGGCUCAUCCUCGAGGCCACCAAGCUCGUGCAAUUCCGACGACUCCAGGCCCAAUUUAU